UUGAACUUUCUAUACAAAUCGUACAGUAUGAAAUAAAAUUUGAAGGUGACCAGUUUCGGAUUAUUCCUUUCGUUGUUGUGUUCAGUUCAAGCUUCUUUUCUCGUAAUGCCUAUUUUAAUAAGAAAAUCCACAAAAGAUGAAAACCAUGAUUGGUCCAUUUUGGAAUUACAAGGUGAUAUCAAAUCCCAUUCAGAAUCUAAUCUAGAGAACCAAUUCAUAGGUGACUUGCAUUUCACCAAAUCAGGCGUACCCAUAUUGAUAAUUGGCCAUCAUUUGUUAUAUGGUAAAGAGGUACCACUUGAAAAACCAUUUGUAGUCUUGGAAAAGAAGACUGAGGACCACAAUACUGAAUAUAUCGUCAAAACCAUUAUAAGAAAACGAAUUAUAUUCAAGACUAGGCCUAAACCAAUAGUGAAGUGAAUAUACUGAAAAUUUAUAAUGAUCUUGUUACCAAGAAUCUUUUGAUACCAAACAAUUCAAUAUUCAAUAUUUUCAUGGAUAUUAAAAUUGCUGAUAUAUUUUAAUAAUUAUAUGAUCAGUCCUCAACUUGUUAAUUGAAUACUCCUAAUGCCUGUUUGCACCGUUUUAGAUUUAAGGUAAGCUUAACUUUAAGUCAUAUUUCAGUGACUGAUAUGGUAACUUCUAUAUCAUCAUUCAUUCAUUCACUGGUGUAUCCCGUUAGCGAGAA